AUGGCUGAUACUCAAACUGGUACCUACGGCCACGCAGGUACACCUUAUGAGGAUGGGAGAAGUAAUGACAGCACUAGAUUAACUAUAGAAAAAAGUCGUCAGGAGGAACGAAAUACAGAUGGGACUUUGCUUUAUGACUGGGACGGCGAGAAUGAUCCAAGAAAUCCAUUCAAUUGGUCUAAAUUACUCAAGUGGAGGCUAACUGUAGCUGUCCUUAUUGUGUCCAUUCUUUUCGGCCUCCCAGCGGGUGCAUACGGUGCGGGAAACGAUGAGAUGAGUGCUCUAUUCAACGUCAGCAACUCCGGCUUUCCCUACUUAUUCUUCGCUACAACUUCCUGGAAUAUUGGGGCUGCAAUAAUUCCCUUAUUAUUUAUACCGUUGACGGAAACUUCAGGUCGUAUGCCUGGAUACUUUGGUGCAUAUAUCGUGUUCCUAAUCUUCUUGAUACUAUGUGGAGUAGCACAAAAUUUCGAAACUAUGGUAGUGUGUCGAUUUUUUGGAGGAGGAGCUUCUUCAGUGGCUAUCAAUAUUGUCGGUGGUACUAUUUCAGACGUCUGGAAAGGUCCCCAACAACGAAGCUUGCCACUGUCCUUAUUUGGAACGACGAGUGUCAUCGGAAUUGCGCUCGGUCCCUUUGUUGGCGGUGCUAUCACUUCCACAUAUCUCUCUUUUCGAUGGAUGUACUGGGUUCUGCUCAUUAUUACCGGCGGACUUCUUCCUGUUUUCUGGUUCCUCUUGGUGGAAACUCGAGGGGAUAUAAUUCUAGCCAGAGAAGCUAAGAAAUGGCGCAAAAACAAUCCAGACGAAGAGCCACGUUAUGCGGAAGCUGAGAUUGAUAUGCCAUCCUCCGUCACUCAAACCUUCUCCACAAAUUACAACUAUAACACCUUUCAGACCUCCCUCAUUCAACUCUCUCUUAGCGUUGGUGCCAUUAUCGCCACUUUCGUAAAUCCGAUUCAAGACCACCUAUAUCUGCAAUCCGCAAAACGUUCCAAGACAGGAACACCCAUCCCAGAAGCCCGUCUCUAUUCCUCCAUUCCCGGUUCUCUUUUAUUUACAGCAGGUCUCUUCUGGUACGGUUGGUCCUCCUAUCCUUCUCUUCCCUGGAUUGUCCCCACGCUCGGUAUUGGUUGUGUCGGCUUUGGAAUAUAUUCCAUCUACCUAGCUGUAGUAAAUUAUCUGACCGAUUCCUACGAAAAAUACAACGCAUCCGCGCUCUCGGCAGCGUCAUUGGGGAGAAAUACGUUCGGGGCUUUCUUACCACUAGCAAGUCCAGCCCUUUACACAAACUUAGGGUUCCAAUGGGGAAGCUCUUUACUAGGAUUCGUAGCAUUAGUGUUAAGUCUAGCUCCGGUGUUGUUGUUGGUCAAGGGGGAGGAGAUUAGAAAGAGAAGUCCUUUUAUGAAGGAGGCAACUUUUGCGAGAGAGGCACCCCGAACCACAGAGGACGGUGUGUAA